AUGGGGAUCAUCCACGUUAUGAAAGACUUUUCAAGUCUCGCAUACGAGGCACGGGAACGAAGUCGAUCCACUUCUGAUAUUCUCAACUAUGCAUGCCAAAACUGGGCCGUCCAUCUCUCCCGAGCUCCGAAUCCGUGGGACGAGAGACUCGCCCAUAUAUUCAAGACCUUUUGGAAUCGUUAUUCCCUCUCCUGGCUCGAGAGACAAUGGUGUUUGAAGGACCUACAGUCUUGCCUCACUAUUUUAACCAUCGGCCAGAAACUUGCACAGUAUGUGGCUGUGCUGAAUAUGUCCCUAUCCGAAAAUUCCUUCCUCUUUACGUUCUGCAACGACUUUCAAAUCGAGGACGCUCUUCGGGGAGUCGGGACCUUCAUUACACGCUGGCCGCCCUCUCGUGUUCGAAAAAUUUGCUGCCGGAAGCUUUGUGUGGAGGCAGAGUUGCAAAUAAUGCACGUGUUGCUUCAAAACCCAAAGGAAUCGGAUAUCCCAGCAGAACGUUAUUACUCUGGAAGUUCUGCCCCUCCUCUACCUUCUCAACGCUCUGAUUGGCGUCUAAGAGCUACUUCGCGCAUCAACCGCACUCAACCCGUUGAUAGUCAGCGACACAGGAGAUACAUUAAACGUGCAAAUCCUCCCCAAAUCGAAGUACAACAGGGAGAGCCAUUUUACGAAGAGAUACAAGCCUACAACAAACAUUUCUUAUCCCUCCUCGAGUCUGAACAAGCCGAGGAUGAGGCAGUUUUGAGGGAACGACUCUCCACUUGGUCGUUGUUUCGACUACGAGAAGAAGGCUAUGCUAUGACGGGUCUUUCUGCCUUUUGGAUGGGCGCACCAAAGUUUGGACGUCCUGUGGCUUCAUUUUCUCUUGGUCCUGGUGUCGACUUGCCAGAACACAGAUUUGAGAAUGGUACUCAAGUUCUUGUUUCACGAUUCGAUCCUCUUCAAGAGCCGCCAUACCGAGGAAGUGUUCUUAGCAGUACAGGAUCACAACUGCGCAUAUCAUUUGAAGAGAAAUUCGAGGUUGAAGACGGCUGCUGGCGCUUGGACGUUGGGCGGUCUAACAUCGUGUUCAUUCGUAUGCGAGACGCCAUUUCUCGCUUCAAUCAAGACCCGCAAGCACUUGAAGACCGAAGUCAUUCCUCUUCAGACAACCAGUUCAUUCUCCAUGGAACGCAUUUGCGAGACGUACUAUUACGUUCGUUUUCCCCCGACAAACCGUCACUGCAUAUACCGUUGCAGCCUCCAGAUGAGGUUGCAUAUGUAGCUCGAGGGACACUCGAGCAUGACAGUCGCGAAGUACAAGACCAUGGAGGCGCGUUCAAGGAGGACAUGUGCAUUCAAAGUUGGGCAAGACGAUACUCACGCAUCAACCCAAUUGCGAUAGAUGGCGACCCGGUCCUUGAGGGCCUGAAUGCUACUCAGAUCCGAGCUAUUGCCAUGAUGAUUGGCGAAAGGAUCAGUCUUGUUCAGGGACCGCCUGGUACAGGCAAAACGAAGACCAUCAUCGAAGCCGUGAAACUACUCAAGACCCACUUCGAAGUGCAUCACCCUCUUCUUGUUUGCACUUACACCAAUGUUGCGGUCGAUAAUCUAGUGGAGGGUUUUGCAAUGGCCGGCGUAAAACCCCUUCGAGUCGGGUUCAGUGGUAAAAUCAAAUCGUCUCUAUACGAACAUACGUUGGACGCGAAGUUGGAAGCGCAUCCUCUCAAGCCUAAAGCCGAUCAACUUCUGAAAGAGCAGGAAAGUGCCGAAAGAAAGUUAGGCGCGCUGGAGUACAAGAUCGUUGCGGCUGAAAAAUCAGGCAAUGAAAGGCUCGGCAGUAUGCGGAGCGCGUUUUCGGCAUUGGAGAGGCAAGUGGUGGCGCUGAAAUCGAAGCUGUAUGCGAUGCAUCAGGAAAUGCUCAACGGUAUUAUUGCUGCGUCCGACGUAAUUUGCACGACGUGCAUUACAUCAGCCAGUGCUGCACUCAACGUUCUUGACUUUCCAGUUGUGUUCUUAGAUGAGGCAUCCAUGUCGACAGAACCAGCGUCACUCAUUCCUUUGAUGCGAGGAUCUCAGCAUGUUGCACUUAUUGGAGAUCACAAACAAUUACCUCCCGUCAUCAUCAGUCGCGAGGCGCAACUUAACGGCCUUGGGAUCAGUCUGUUUGAAAGACUUACUGAGGAAGGAGUUGUGCCGUCAAUUAUGCUUGACGUGCAGUACAGGAUGCAUCCUUCUAUUUCUAGAUUUCCCUCGCUAGAGUUUUAUAACUUUGCGUUGCAAGAUGGGACGGUUGACUCUGCAGGUAACAUACACCCCAUGCUUCUACCCCCGCUGUCAAGUCACCUGGAGCAAAAUGUUCUCACCGGUCACCGUCCCUCUGUCGUAUUCAUCGAUCACGGGGGCGCGGAAACUUCCAAGGACCGAAGCAGGGUGAACUGGAACGAGGCUCACAUUGUUUGCAGCAUCGUUGAAGACCUACUGCUGCAGAACGAGAACCUGCGAGGAGAGGACAUAGGUGUCAUUGCUCCAUACGCUGCCCAAAUUUCACUAUUGUAUCGCCUCCUAAACACCGACGCCAAGUAUCGCAAACGCUUCGCAUCUACCCUGGGUGAUCACCGAAUGAUGCAGCUUAGCAGCAUCGAAGUGAAAACGGUUGAUGGAUUCGAAGGACGCGAGAAGGAUGUGAUCAUCUUUUCGACCGUGCGAAAUAAUACGUCGGGGUACAUUGGGUUCCUUGCUGACAGGCGAAGAUUAAAUGUUGGCCUAACGCGUGCAAAGAGAGGGUUGUUCGUUGUUGGGAGCAUCAACACCCUGAAGGCUGGGAAGAUGGCAAAGGGUAGGUUCGGCGAGGGUCCUGCCAGAGUGGGUAAGGGCGCCGAGGCUUGGAGGAGAUAUGCGAAAUAUCUCCUCGAGGAGAAUAUGGUUGUGACCCUUAGUGGUGAUAGACUAAGGAAAGUGCUGCAUGGGGAUGCCACAAGGACGAUGUUGAGCUGA